GUGAGGACUCUGGACAGAUGUGACUCAGUGUCCGAUCCGCGGUUCCUUUAAUGUUUGUGGGACUUAUUGACGUUGUAUAAGUGUACGUCAUUUUUGCGUAACCGUCCUGCCAAAAUGAAGCUAAACACAUGCUCACAUUGACGGGACUUAGACCCUGAAUAAUGUCACUGUGGACAUUACUAAACUAGCUCUGUGUUGACACGCGUCAAACAGCCCUGGCUCUCUGUGUAUGGCGAAAAACAAUCCAUGGAUUUUCAACAACUUUGCACCUUUGAGACUUUUAAACAGCUGUGGAAUCACUACGGAUAUGGAGGAAACUUUGAGGAAUUGAUUGAACGGGAGUUUAAGCGAAUAAAAGGAACAACAUACCUGGAUCAUGCUGCAGCUACUCUCUACCCAGAGUCUCUGAUCAGGGACUACUGCCAGGAUAUUUCCAGCAAUGUGUACGGAAACCCUCACAGCCAUAACCCCAGCAGUAGAUUGACACAUGACACCGUGGAGAGGGUCAGAUACAGGGUAUUGCAGCAUUUUAACGUGACCCCUGAGGAGUACUCUGUGAUUUUUACUUCGGGUUGUACAGCAGCUCUCAAAUUAGUGGCUGAGAGCUUUCCCUGGAGCCCACAGACUCAGAGUGACGUGGGGAGUCACUUCUGUUACCUCACUGACAGUCAUACUUCUGUAGUUGGCAUUAGAGGAUUGACCUCUGGACGGGGGGUUGUUACCAUGCCUGUCUCUCCACAGGAAGUGGAAAGCAGGGCAAAGGAAGCAGCUCCAGGUGAAGAUGUGUCUUGCCAGACGGCACACCUUUUCUGCUACCCAGCACAGAGCAACUUCUCUGGGCUGAAAUAUCCCCUGAGCCAUGUGAAAGGCAUCCAGGCGAGACGCCUUUACCCAGCGUGUGUCCACCAAGGCCGAUGGUUUGUGCUGCUCGAUGCAGCCUCUCAUGUCAGCUGUUCCCCUCUAAACUUACAGGACUGCCCUGCUGACUUCAUUCCCAUUUCCUUCUACAAGAUGUUUGGCUUCCCUACAGGUCUGGGGGCGCUUCUUGUCCACAAAAAUGCAGCAGGAAUACUAAAAAAGACUUACUUUGGAGGAGGCACAGCAGCAGCGUACCUUUCUGGAGAGGAUUUUUAUGUACAGGCUUUGAACAUCUCUGACAGAUUUGAAGAUGGAACUGUGUCUUUCUUGGACAUCAUUGCAGUAAAUCAUGGUUUUGAUGCCCUUUACAGGGUCACAGGGGGCAUGCACAGCAUCCAACAGCAUACAUUUGGCUUAGCACGCUACACUUACAUGCUGCUGUCAAGUCUUUGCCAUGGCAACGGGAGACCGGUGGCGCUGAUAUACACUGAAGGCCAGUUUGACAGUCCAAGCACACAGGGUGCUGUCCUCAACUUCAACCUCAUGGAUUCUCAUGGACAAAUAAUUGGAUACUCUCAGGUGGACCGAAUGGCGAGUCUUUACAACAUUCAUGUGAGAACAGGCUGCUUCUGCAACACCGGGGCCUGUCAGUCCUUCCUCGGCAUCUCUGACCAGCAAAUGAAGAGAAAUCUGCAGGCUGGCCAUGUCUGCGGGGACAGCAUCGACCUGGUAGACGGCCAGCCAACCGGAUCUAUUCGAGUGUCUUUUGGCUACAUGUCAACAUUUGAAGACUGUCAAAAGUUCCUGAACUUUGUUGCUGAGUGUUUCAUAGAGAAGCCAGUCACAGUGGACCAAAACAGACUAGAGAAGCUAAAAGCAGUCACAGCACAUGAAGGCUCAUUUGGAGACCAUCAAGUUAAAAUCCCCAAUGGAGGAAGAUGUGAAAUGGAUGAGAAAGAGAAGCCUUUGGAAGCAUCGCUGAGGGGAUGUGGACACAAAGAAUCUAACAGCACCGGGGGAACUUACUCUCUGACCAACAUCUACAUCUAUCCCAUCAAAUCAUGUGGAGCAUAUGAGGUCCACCACUGGCCAGUAGGACCGCUGGGUUUACUGUAUGACAGAGGCUGGAUGGUGGUGAAUAGAAACGGUGUGUGCCUGAGUCAGAAGAGAGAGCAGCGUUUAUGUCUCAUUCACCCACAAGUCCACCUGCCCUCAAACAAAUUGCUCCUGCAAGCUUCAGGGAUGGAGACAAUUUCUGUUCCCCUGGAAAAAGGCACUCAAAUGCAGACAUGUCAUCAAGUGUGUCAGAGUAAAGUUUGUGGUGACAGGGUGGAGACUGUCGACUGUGGAGAUGAGGCUGCAUCGUGGCUUUCAGACUUUCUUGGACAGCCAUGCCGCCUGAUAAGACUAAAUCCUGAUUUUACCCGGGAAAUGAAGAAGAGGCCUAGUGGAGCUGCCACCUCCACAUCUCUGUCCCUGGUGAACGAGGCUCAGUAUCUCAUGAUCAACCGUGCCAGCGUGGAGCUCAUUCAGAAGCUAAUGAGCAGCAGGCAGGAAGAUUCUGAGGGUGAUCAGCUCCUCGACACACAGAAUGUCAUUAGCCGCUUCCGAGCCAAUUUAGUCAUUGCUGGAGUCGAACCAUUCGAGGAGGAUAAUUGGUCUCACUUGAUUAUUGGCAACACUCCAUUUGUGGUAACGGGUCAGUGUGGAAGAUGCCAGAUGGUUGGAGUAGACCAGGAAACCGGGACCAGAACAAAAGAGCCGCUAUUGUCUCUGUCAACGUACCGCACCGGGAAGGUGACAUUUGGCGUGUACCUGAGCCAUCAGCUUCCUGAGAGCCGCACUACACCAAGCGUCCUCUCUACUGGUUCUCUAAUACAGCCAAAGCAGCAUCUUCCUUGAAGAAGCCAUCUAUGACAUCUUUUUUAUUCAUUAAGCUGAGGCUGAUUUGUCUUAGAUGGUCAUUUCUGCUCUGCAUAUUCCAAAGAUCAUCUGUCAAACACUGCUGGAAGUUUCUAUGGAUGCUGCUCUUUCAUUUGUCAGUGCAGCCCUGGCUCUUUUUUCUCUCUCAAAUGUCCUUGUCAUAUCAGAGAAUUCAUUUUUUAAUCUAUUCAAGUCUGUUUUGAUAGAAAAUGGAUGAGAUUCUGAAUUUUCCCCAAUGGCUAGGCUCUUGAAAUGAAUGGUGUAUAGUAGAUGUGACAUAUUUCAUGACAUAAUAAUUUGAAUGUUUUGCUGAUUUUUGCUCCAAAACAUGCCCGGCUUGAUGUAAUAAUCAAGCUAAUGUUAACCUUCCAAACAGUUCAUCCUCUGUUUAUUCCCAUGGAGGGUAAUAGUGCUAUUUAUUCUGAACAAUCAGCACCGUAAGUGCUGCCACAAAUCUGAAGCAUUUUGCUCCCUGUAAUGGAAAGAGCACACUCUGCUCAGUAUAUGGUCCCAGUAUGGUGCAGACAUUAAUUUUUUAACUUGGAAAAAGCCAUAAUUCGAUAUUUCUUCAGAAGCUGCAGUAUUUAUUGGAAUUGACAUUUACAUUUGUGAUCAGCUGGUCUUUAAAGGUCUGGUAGAAAAGCUGCCCCUCUAAAUUGCUUAUUAAUGGGGUUAUAGGAAGGCUGCUGUGUGUUUUGAGGUUGUGGGCUGCUUUCCAGUACUGUACACAAGCCAGAAGUCAAGGGUUCAGGGGUUUUAAUAAGUAAUUCUAAACUAAUACAAUGAAACACACAGAAGGCCUUAUUAACAUCUUGCAUAUGUGACACAGGGCCUGUCUGCAAAGCCAAGCCUUUAUUUGUGCUGGCAUUGUUGACACACUAGACUAACUAUUCCAUAUUUUCAUUGCAUGGAUAUGCAGAUUCAUCUAAAAAAUUAAAAUAGCAUGAAAAAGUUCAUUUUUUCCUGUGAUUUCAUUCAAAAAUUAAACUUACAUAUGUUUUUUAACUUAAUCUCACAAAGUGAAAUAUUUCCAGACUUUUUAAAAUCUUGGUUACAGUGUACAGCUCAUGAAAAUCAAAAAUCCACUAUCUCAAAUAUUGGAAUAUCAUUUAUUCAUGUGUCAUGGAGGCAGUCAGUCUGUGGUCCUGCUGGGGUGUUACGAAGUCCCAGUCACUUGGGUAGCAGCCUUCAGCUUAUCUGGAUUGUUGAGUCUGGGGUCCCUCAUCUUCCAGAGAUCCUCUAUGGGGGUCAGGUCAGACCAGUUGGCUGGCCAAUCAAACCCAGUAAUGCCGUGGUCAGUAAUCCAGUUUCUGGUAGUUUUAGCUCUACUGUAGGCAGGGGAAAAGGAAAUCAGUAUGUCUAUAAAGCUUCUCAGCAGAUGGAAGCAUGGAGGGCUCUAAAAUCUCCUAGAUAGCUUUGUAGAUGGCUUACAGAUGGCUGACAACAUGGACUCUGGACUUGAUAAAAUACAGUGGACCAAUAGUAGCAGUCACGGCACCCCAAACCAUCACUGACUGUGGAGACGAGCAACACUGGACUUAAAGCACUUUGGAUUCUGAGCUUCUCAGAUUUUCCUCCAGACUCUGGGACCUUGAUUUACUUCCAUCUGUGAACAGGACUUUGAACCACUGACACCACAACAGACCGGUUCUUUUUCUCAUUAGAUGAUGUCUGUAGUUCCCCACUAAGAACAGGACACUUUUAGUCCAUUUCCUGGCCCCGUCUGUGUGGUGGAUCUUGAUCCACUGACUCAGUCUCACUCCUUGUGAAGCUCCUCUAAGUUCUUAAAUCUGCUUUGUUUGACAACCCUCUGAAGGCUGAGCUCAUCCUGUUGCUUGUGCUCCUUUUCUUACCACACUUUUACCUUUUGGUCAGCUUUCCAUGAAUCUGCUUUGAUACGGCCUCUAAGAACAGCCUGACCUGUAGCAGUGACCCCUCUGUGGCUUACCCUCCUUGUAAAGGGUGUCAGUGAUCGUCUAAUGGACAGUAGUCCAGUCAGCAGUCUUCUCCAUGAUUGUUGUUGUGUUUACUGAACCAGUGAGAGAAUGAAGGCUCAGGAAACCUUUGUAAAUUGGAAUUUUCCACAAUAUUCUUAUAUUUUCGGAAUGUGGAUUUUUUAAAAGCCACAAGCCAUAAGCAUCGAAAUUAAAACAAAAAAGUCUUGAAAUAUUUCACUGGGAAAAGGAGAGCUUUUUUCAUGAUAUUCAAUUUUUUAAGCUGCACCUGCAUUUCACAUUAAUUUGAAAAGCUCCUAUAGAAAGCAUUUGGGAAAGGCAGGACUUUUCAAAAAUACUUAAAAGGUGAAUAGUUUAACGUUCAAGCGACAAGACAAAACUAGAAAAGCACUCAGAGAGCGCAGACCUCCGCCAUCAGCCCUAUCUCCAGAUCACUUCCAAAAUCUAAUUUGCCGAUUACUCCCUCCCCAGUGGGGUGGAGACA